CGCGGGGGCUAUGAAACUAGUAUCUAUAAUGACCUAGCAGUCGUCGUUCCUCGCUUUCAUCGCAACUUCUCUCAAUGGACGAAAAGAAAGACAACCGCGAGGAAUCCAAUUCCAAGGUUGUAGCAACCCCGGAAAUAGCGUUGGGUGAUUCAGAGAUAUUAGGAACGCCCAAAAACCAGCAAAAGGACAAGAAGCGGCGGAAGAAGCAAAAGAAGGUUGAUCAAGACACCUUAUUGAAGUCUAAAAAGCUGCAGAAACACAAGUUGCGUAGGAAGAAGCAGAAGAAGGUUGUGACAACCACAGAGCCUUCAGAGAUAGAUUCUGAUGAUCCUAAGAAGCUCAAGAAGCCGUCGCUCUUCUCUUUACAUCUAGACUUGUCAAUGGGCAAAAAGAUGAAGAGACGCCACGAAUCCGGUGUUGAAAUAACCCCGGAGAUAAGUUUGGGUGAUUCAGAAAUCUUAGUAACGCCAAAGAAUCAGCAGAAGGCCAAGAAGCGGAAGAAGCAAAACAAGAUUGAAUCCAAGAAGAACCUAAAGAAGGUUGAGAUAAUCCAAGAGCCAGAAUCGAACAAGAACCUAAAGAAGAUAAUAGAUGGAUUAAGUGAUCGUCUAAACGAGAUGACUGAAAUUGUCCAAAAACUAAAGGAGACUUCAGAUCUACUUGAGAAGGAGAAAGAAACUCCAAAGAAAAAGGUGGUUGAGUGCUGUUUCGAAUCUGAAGAUGCGUUUCGUAACCACCAGAAAACCGUUUUCGUUGAGGGAUUCAGGUGUUCCCCUCCUAGGGGUGAUAUCAAGAGCGCAUUGAUAAAACACUUCAGUCCUUGUGGAGAGGUAUCAACGGUUUUUAUUCCCUUUCAUUGCCAAACCGGUGUUCCCAUGGGAUUUGCCUUCAUCAAUAUGAUAAAAGAUUACGAUAAGGCUUUAACACUCGAUGGAAGUUACUUGGAUGGACUGAGGCUUACGGUCAAGAUGGCUAUAAAGAGAGAGGAAUACUAUGUUUUUACUAACCACAACGGUUGUGAACGUUGUGGUAUUGCGUUGUCCACGCACAUCAAGAAACAGAGGUUUGAGCAGUUUUACAGCAGAAAUAGAUUGUCCUCUCAGAUGACAUGCGUACCUGUAACUAGGUGUCCCUAACAAGGGGUUGUUUUGUUGUUCCAAUACAACAAAUUUCGUGUGUUCUCAAAGUGGUUCUGUUAUGGGAUUCAUGCUAUUUAUUUUUCAUAAUUUAUGCCUAAAUAUGUAGUGAUGAAACUUCUUUUUGUAUCCAAGUCUUUUGGUUUUCAAAAAUACUUUAGUUUUUUUGUAUUUUGGGAUCUAUGCUAUCUAGUUUCAUAAUUUAAGCUUAAAUAUUUAAUGAUGAAAUUUUUUUUAUCUA